AGAGCUGUGGAGGUGGGGAGAGAUUGAGCUAUCAUUAGCGUGGCACCAGUGAGGUUUCGUUGCACCACAAAGCAGUAGCUAUCAAAAUUGAGUGCAGUGUGCUGAACAGCUGAGCAAGGGAACAGAUACUGAAAGGAGCCUGCAAAGGAAAAGGAUUUUGGAGGAAAAAAAAAAAAAAAAAAAACAAACAAAAAAACCCAACCCCCUUUCAACUGCACAUAGGCACUGCCCAUCACUGACAGCUGUGUCGGGGAGUAGGAAUUGCCUGUUUAUGGGGAUUGAUCUGCGCAGCCCCUGGGAUGCUCAGAAAACGGAUUAAGGAGAAAAGAAUCGCGGGAGAAGGAGGAGGUGGAGGUUCCCCUUUGAAAAUGCACGGGCUAAUAGAAAACAUCCUCUAAAUUGUCAGUGUGUCAGGAUACAUUCAUAUCCCGGUGACGGUGGGAUCACCCUGAGAUGAGCCACCCAUAGCCAGGGCCGGCCCCACUGCCAGGGCUCGCUGCCCUGGGACGAUGAGGAGCUGUCUGCUGGCCUAACGAGAAGAUUUUGUGGUGGUCUUGGGGUUUUUGGUUUUUUGUUUUAUUUUUUUGAGGGGGAGGAGGUUGGUUUUUUUUUUUUUGUUGUUUUUUUUUUUUUGUUUUGUUUUCCCUGGACCUCGUGAAACUUCAUGUGACGGCGGAGCCGCUUCCCUCACCCGCCUCGCGCCGCCUCACAGCCGGGGGCUGGGUGGCGGAGGGCCGCCAUCAUGGCGGCGAAGCAGCCCCCGCCGCUGAUGAAGAAGCACAGCCAGACCGACCUGGUGAGCAGGCUGAAGACGCGCAAGAUCCUGGGGGUCGGCGGGGAGGACGACGACGGCGAGGUCCAUCGCUCAAAGAUUAGCCAAGUGCUGGGAAAUGAGAUCAAGUUUGCUGUCCGGGAACCGCUGGGGCUCAGGGUCUGGCAGCUGGUUUCCGCCAUCAUGUUUUCCGGGGUCGCCAUCAUGGCCCUCGCUUUCCCUGACCAGCUCUACGACGCCGUCUUUGAUGAGGAAUCGAUGAGCAGCAAGACUCCCAUCCGGCUCUACGGGGGAGCCCUCCUCAGUAUCUCGCUCAUCAUGUGGAACGCCCUGUACACGGCCGAAAAGGUCAUCAUCCGCUGGACCCUGCUGACGGAGGCAUGCUACUUUGCCGUGCAGUUCCUGGUUACCACUGUCUCCCUGGUUGAGAGUAGCCGGAUAGCCACAGGUGCUGUGCUCCUCCUGGUCAGCCGAGCCCUCUUCAUCCUCAUCAGCAUUUAUUAUUAUUACCAAGUUGGACGCCGUCCCAAGAAAGUCUAAUUCCUGGGCUUUUUGUCAUGGGAAGGGUGGGAGGGGGGAGUUUGUGUCGGUAAUUUUGCGUUAUAAUUAUAAUUUUUUUGUUUGGUUGUGUUUUUUUUUUGUUUUGUUAGUCCCUUUCGGUUCUAAAGCGGUUUCCUUCUUUUCCACUUACCGGCAUGAAUCGAUGUGUAACCGGGUGCUGGUGGCAUUACCAGGUGAAAUGGGGGGGCGGGAAGGCGGGGGGGGAAGCAGCAUCAGGUGGGAUCCCCCACAGCCCCUCUGCAGGAGGUGAGGAGCAGCGGGAGGAAGGCUCAGGGAGGUGUGUGGGCCUGGCAGGCUCAGGGAAAAGAGCCGGUUUCCCAGGGGGGGGUGGGGGGGUGGGGUGGGGAACUGGCCGAUGGGAUCACAGGCUCCGAACCCACUGGAACAAAGCACAAAAUCAGACCAGCACAUUGAAACCAAAUCCUUGAGGAGACGGGACGGCAAGACAAGCACCGCAGGACUCGCUGACUGCCCUGGGUAAGCCUUGCAGCUGCCUGGCAGCGUGUGCCCUCCUGUACAGCCCCUUCCUUCCCCUUUUAGCAAGCACUGACUGUCCAGGUAGCUGGGGCUAGGCCAAGCUCAGUGCUUUGCAAACAGCUCUUCUUCCCUUGCUGCUAGAGGUGCCGCCCCGUUGUAUGGUUUUGCACCGGGUGCUGCGCAAAGCUUGGCAGGAGAUAGAGGAAGGGAAGAGGGAGACCCCCUCCCUCCUUGCUUGUUCCCUUUGCAGGGGCAGCACGGGGACCAGCAGAGAGACUUGAACUUACAAUACAUGAGAAGCAAAGGGAGCUAUCAGAAAUCACCCGCUGAGCACAGACAUCCCUUUGCUUGGGCUGUUUCGUGAAGUUUCUAGGCUGGGGACCGGUCCCCUUCACCCCAGAACGCUCCCUGCAGUUGCAGCUUUACCGACGGUAGCAGCAGUGGUGGGUAUGAGGCAGCGGCCGAUUAGCUGAGCAGGGGCUGGAGCGCUGUUGUGGUUAGGGCUAGUAAGAGCAGAGCCAGCAACAGUACAGCUGCUUGGGUCAGUGAGCGGCUUCUGGAGACGAGCCCCAGCUGUGGGAGACGGCGUUCCAGCUCUGCUGAUGUGCAGGCAUCGCACCUCUUCUGACUUGGAGACGAGAGGACCAAAGUUUGUAGCGUUAAGAUACUUCACCGGGAUGAAGAACGGCAAGGAGAGGGGCGGAUGAAGGCAUUGCCUUCUCUAGCUCAGUCAAGGAAGGACUAAAUGUGCUUUAAUACUCACUGGCCAGUUUCUCCAACACCUCCUGGGCUUAACAGUGUUGGCUGCCCUACUUCCUAGCGCUCUCCUUGCGGAUUAUCCCUGUCCACGGCUGGAGGCGGCAUUUUUUGUUCUCCGUGGGACUGAAGCCAGAAGGUCUGCGUACAGGAUACGGACCGAUUACUCAUGUGCUACUGUUGACUGGAUCAAAGCAUGCCCUGGAAUAGAGCUGACGUCCCAAAAUCCCAGUAGAAAGAUGCCUACGCAAACAGAAGUGCUUGUGCAAACAACAGCCCUCAAGCCACUGGUGAGGCCGGGAUCUACAGCUAUUGCUGUUCAAUAUCUUAGUAGAGUUAGAAGAAGGUAGUGGGUAGUUACUGUAUGUUGUGUUAGUGCUUUUGGCGUUUAGAAGCAGCUGCAUAAACUUGGGACACUGUGUGCGUUGUACCUACUGGCCAUGCAAAAUGUCUGUCAGGUGAGAAUAUUGGAAAUAGUUGAACCAGGAAACAUCACAACUGUGAUUUUUUAAUUUUUUUUUUUUCCUAAGAAGUAAAUCAAAUGGCGAGGCAACAUCCAACAGCCGGCUAAAUGCUGGAGCCACCCAACAACACGUGCCUGCCAAGCUGCUUUCAACAUGUCCAAAAUACGAAAAUGAGCAACUAAAACUUCUAUUUAAGAGGAGCCUUCCUGUGCAGGUGGAAGAGUUGGGCUCUGAGAGGAAAACCUUUUCCCUGUGAGGCGAGUGCAGCCUGGAGGGCAGCACAAAUCAGCGCGAGCGGUGCUGUGGGGGGCAGCUGGAGUGUGGCACACCGUGGCUGUGGCUCUCACCUCACGCCCCACCUCCACGAGCAGCUGCAGUGGCUUCAGCACUUGGGCCGUAGUUGUUGGUACAGGCACGUGAAGCUUGAUUCUUUGUGUUUUGGGGGUCACACGAAUGUAUACACAGACUGAUCACCUUUUUUUUUGGGGGGGGGGGGGGAGUGUGAGUGUGGGAAAUUACGUUUUUUAGGAAAGACAAGUAAAACUGACCGCAGCAAAAGCGAUCUUGAAGGAAAGGGAGGGUCGUCACAAUGCUGUCCUCCCAUCUGCAUAGACCACAGGUCCUAGGAACUUAGUUCUGGCUGCUUGAUUACUGUACCUUAAAAUGUCAUCCUGCAGGUGAGAGAAAUGAGUUACUGCACUAUGUGAGAGCAGUUCUGCAAAGAUUUGUGGAUGGUUAAAUCGGGUGGGGGAAGCAGUUACAGCUUUCCAAAGGAGCUUUAAAUCAGGUGAGGCCAGAUUCCUCUGGUCCCCUGCUUAGCAGCUGCAAAACUUACACCAGUGAGCCACUUCAAGUUUGGCCAGUCAGUGUCUUCUGCUCCAAUACAGAGCAAAGCCCAGAGGAGUGGCCACGUGAGAGAUUUCAUGCUACUUGGUACCUAGUCCUGAAAGGCGAGUGAUGAAGAAGUUAUUUUCUUUUCAUGCUUGCUCCAUCUUGCUAUAAAUGGGCCACGUAGAAAGUAUGGAAGCGAACUGGGGCUCUACACCUCUUCUACAACUAAGUGAGAAGGGGUAAAUGGAUGGCCCUGCCUAGCAAUGGCUGUGGUCCCUGGCACGGUCCCUCCUCAUCAGCAAGGGGCUGCAGGAGGAACCCACUCCAGGAGGUGAAUUUGUAGCAGCUGAGGUCUAAGAUGGAGUUUCUCAGGGUGGCUUGAGGCAGGAGCCCGGGCAGAGCAUCUGCAGCGCCGCCACAAACCAGCUGUGCCAGAUCAUCCUCACUCUGUCCUGAACGGGGGGAGGAAAGGGAGGAGGAUGCUGAAACGUUUCUACAGAACUGUGUCCCUAAGGGCAGGAGCGCUGGCCUGACGGCUGCCGGUGGCAGCUGAGCAUAUAGUUUGGGAUCAAAAAGCCUGCGGGCGUCACUUCAGGCUCAGCUACUGAUCUGCUGAGAAAACAACUCCAUCUCCACAGGCCUCAGUUUCCUUGCCCGUUAAAACUGUGAGCAAGGCCUUGGACUGACAUCGUCUCCCAAGGGAGACUGCAAGGAAUUACCUGCAGUUGUGUAAAGUUGUGCAGGGCUGGGAGCAGCGGUCCCCAGAGGGGGUUGUGCUCUGAGCAGGCACAGGCCAGGGCUAAGGCUGACCCCCUUUCUCUGCCAGCGAUGGACCCAAACCCUUGCGUUCACAGAGCUCUUGCUUUCGAGGGUGAAGAAGGCUCAUCAUUCACCUAACUCACGCCCUACAUCGCCUUAUUUAUGCCUAACCAACAUCUGGCAAACUGGAGCUGGUGGCAAAGGAGAGGCUCUGUCCGUCCUAAGCCGACCUCUCCUUUCUGGUCAAGGGUUUUUACUUGGGGUGGGGGGGGGGGGAGGGCAGGGGAGAAUGGGACACUUCAGUUUAUACCUCAUUUUAGCUGCUGUACCUGAGUUUAUUCUUUCUCCUCUGGUAAGAAAGUGACUGUACUUAACACCAAGCAAAUAGUGAAAAUUAAAGCCGUUUCACUUCACUGUCA